UUACCAGCAAAAUCCUCGUAAAUGGGCAUCUGUCAAAAGCGGUGGGAGUUACACUGCGGCGUCCGUCAGGGCUGUCCAUUAUCUCCCCUUCUGUUCGUGGCCUGCAUUGAACCACUGGCACAGGUCUUGAGAAGGGACCAACGGAUCAGUGGGGUGGGUAUCCCGGGGAGUGGGGGGAUGACCGCCAAGUGCGUUUUUUACAUGGACGACGUCAACAUUUUAUGUACCGACCUUUUAUCCAUCGACAGGACCCUGGACAGGACCGACUGGUACGGACGAGCCUCUGGGGCGAGACUGAACAGAGACAAGACCGAGGCCCAAUUUUUUGGACCAUGGGCAGACCCAGACUUGACCAGACUACCACUGACGGUCAAAACRACGGACAUAAGGGUAUUGGGGGUAAGAUUUGACAGGGAGGGAGGAGGUAGUGGCAACUGGACCGGGAUUUUAGGGACAGUAAGACAGAGACUGGGUUUUUGGGGACUACGACAGCUGACUUUUGAGGGCAAGGUUUUAAUCAUUAAAGCUGUGAUUUUACCUGKGCUUUUAUUAAUCAGUUCUGUUUUUAUCCCCCCACGMAGGAGUCUUUUAGCCCUGGAGCGGAUGCUUUUYUACUUCCUGUGGGGAAGCAAGUGGGAGAGGCUGAGGAGGGAGGUGGUCAAGAGGCCCAGGUCCAAGGGGGGGAAAGGCUUGCCUGACCUCUACUUGUUCCUGGGCAGCCGCUACACAGCGCUACAUCUGACUCUUGCCACCUCCCCGGUCAMCAACAAGACCCAGGCCCUCGCACGGUUCUGGCUGGGAUCUUACCUCAGGACUCUGGGGCUGAUCCCAGUCGACCUGCGAGCCCCAGUCUCUUUCCUGCUCCCCACUCACUACGCCCAGCUCCAGAAAUUUUUAAGACAUUUUAAACUGGAAAAAGAAGCAGUCACAGUUUUAACUAAACACCGCUCUCUUCUCUCUCUUGUGCAGGAUCGGGAACCAGUGUGUCCAGUACGCGGGCUUKYUAUAGGCGAGCCCACAACGGUUUGGCGUAAYGUGGCCCAUCCUGCUCUCCUGAAUUGGCACCGGGACCUGUCCUGGAUGGUCGCCCACGAGAUCCUCCCGGUCAGGGCCGUUAUGCACUCACGGGGCAUGGCGAGAACAUCCGCAUGCACCCGACCAGGCUGCGGCCAAGAGGAGUCGGUGAGGCACCUGCUCUGUGAGUGCAGAGCCGCCAGGGACCUGUGGAAGGAAACAGGCCCCCUGAUCACUCCGUGUCUGCCAGCAGGGGAGGACCUAACGCCUCAGCUCGUACUGUACGGGGUGGGCCGAAAGCCUAUUCCAUCGAAGGCCUUCACCAAGCUCUGGCCCACCCUCACGUUUCUGAAGGACGCCCUGUGGUCCUCCCGUAACCUGCUGGUAGCUAAAAGUGUAGAGACCACACCCCAGGCAGUGGCCAUUGUAGCCACGGAAGCCCUGGGGUGGUACAGAAGGAAGGGGGCCUCGACCCCAAGUGAAGGGUCCCCCACAACACCCUAG